ACUUCAGUCUUUCGGCCUCCUCUAGGCUAAGCCGCUUCAGGCUUCAUCAUCGUCUGAUUUCCCUUUCAUUUCUGAAUGUUCUGCUGCCUGCCCUUUCAGGGAGGUGCCUCUUAGCAGCCCGCCCUCUGUGCUGGCUUCCUCAGGAAAAGCCUUGAGAGGAAACAGGAGGGGGUUGGGAGCUGUGGGGAUCAGAUCAAACCGGGCCCUCCUACUCCACUGGCCGCCAUGGGGCCUGGGAUGAUGGUCCCCCUGCUGCUGCUCUGGACUCGGGGGUCCCAGGAAUCCACACUGGACCCAACUGGCCAGCAUGUCUGUAGAGGCGGCAGCCCCUCUGAGCUCCAGUGCUGCCCAGGCUGGAGGCAGAAAGAUCAAGAAUGCAGCAUCCCCGUCUGUGAAGGGCCUGAUGCCUGCAGGAAAGAUGAGGUGUGCGUGAAGCCGGGCCUCUGUCGAUGUAAACCUGGAUUCUUCGGAGCCCAGUGCAGCUCCCCCUGCCCAGGCCAGUACUGGGGCCAUGACUGCCGUGAGACCUGCCCUUGCCAUCCGCGUGGCAAGUGUGAGCCAGCCACUGGUGUGUGCCACUGUCAGCCUACCUACUGGGGCACACUCUGUGAGUUUCCCUGCACCUGCGGCCCCCACGGACAGUGCGACCCAAAGACGGGCGUGUGCCACUGCGAUCCCGGCUGGUGGUCAUCCACGUGUCUGCGCCCGUGCCAAUGCAAGCCAGUAGCACGCUGUGACCAGGCCACCGGAGCCUGUCUGUGCCCAUCUGGCUGGUGGGGCCGCCGCUGCGGCUUCAGGUGCAACUGUCACACCUCGCCCUGCCGACAGGACUCUGGCGACUGCAUCUGCCUGAAGGGCUGGUGGGGUCCUGAGUGUAGCCGUAGGUGCCAGUGUGUGCGAGGCCAGUGCAGCGUUUCUUCUGGCCACUGCUCCUGCCCUCCAGGUUUCCACGGCGCCCGCUGCGAGCUACCCUGCGACCCUGGUCACUAUGGAGCACAGUGCAGAGAAAGCUGUGGUCACUGCGCACCGAAUGCAACAUGUUCUCCCGUUACGGGCAACUGUGAGUCCUGCAAGCCGGGCUGGAAUGGGACUCAGUGCAAGCAGCCAUGUCCUCCUGGCACCUUUGGUGAGAGGUGCGGUGAGCAGUGCCCCCGCUGCUGGCUUGGAGAGCCCUGUCAUGCAGAAACAGGGCACUGCCAGCGCUGUGACCCCGGUUGGCUAGGGGACAGAUGUGAGAACCCCUGUCCCUCCGGUUCGUUUGGGGAGGGCUGCAGCUCUACCUGCCCUGCCUGUGUUCAGGGGACCUGCGAUGCAGUGACGGGGGAAUGUGUCUGCAGUGCUGGCUACUGGGGGACCAACUGCAAUAGUUCCUGCCCAUCUGGCUUCCAUGGAAACAACUGCUCUAUCCCCUGCCAAUGCCCAGAGGGGCUCUGCCACCCUGUGUCUGGGGCCUGCCAGCUGGGCCAUCAUGGUAAAAACGCCCUCAUUGCGGGUAUCCUGGUUCCUCUGCUGCUGGUCCUCUUGGGUGUCAUCUGCUGUGCCUACUGCUGCUCAGCUAAGCGGCUGGCCCCUAAGGACAGGCCAGAGAGAAAUGGAGCUGCCCUGUUCAGAAUGAAGCAACAGGUAUGGGACACACUCACCAGCCUGGGUGCUGCACUGCCCUGUGGCUCCCUCAGUAACUACAAGCUACCCUGGGUGACAGUUUCUCACCACGACCCGGAGGUUCCCUUCAACCACAGCUUUAUUGAGCCACCCUCUGCCGGCUGGGCCUCGGAUGACUCCUUCUCUUCUGACCCUGACUCUGGAGAAGAGGACGAAAGUCAUGCCUACUCCGUGCCACCUCGAGAAAAGAUGGUCCCUGUGGCCCAAGAAGAGUCCCCAGCGGCCAGCCUUCCUGGAGGCCCGUUCCCUCCCCCUGAAGACACUUCCACACCAUUCCCCAUCCCACGCACUUCCAGCCUGGCUCGGGCCAAGAGGCCAUCUGUCUCCUUUGCUGAAGGCACUAAGUUUGCACCACAGAAUGGCCGAAGCUCUGGGGAUCUCUCCAGCCCCAUACGAAAACCCAAGAGACUCUCCAGAGGUGCUCAGCCACGUCCUGAAGGGCAGGAGGCUGGGGAGCCCGCAGGCCCAGAACAAGCAAACGCGGAAGAGGAUGCAGCUACCGCCACAAGCCCCGGAGAUGCUGCCACCAGUCACCACCAGCUCCCACCUACUAACCAGACAGUGGCCGGGUGUGUGGAAACCUCCAAUGGCAGCAUCCAGGAGAGCUCAGGCUCUGUGGCCACAAUCUAUAUGCUGGCAGGGACACCCCAGAAACCUGAGGGCCCUGUCUGGUCUGUCCUCCGUCGUUUGGGAAACUACCAGAAAGAUCAGGCAAUGCCCAAGGUCAAGAGUGCCAUCCCUAAGCCUGUACGCCGAGCUCUGGGUCGGAACCAGGGCAGCACUGGGCUGUCCCAGAGCUCUGGUUCAGCUCCAGAUGCCAUGCUCUCUGGAACCAUAAAGCCCACUGAAGUUAGGCCAGAGGAAGCAUCCAGAGGUCUGGGAGAUGGCACUGAGAGCUUAGGGACAGCCCAGGAACCAAUCUCUGGGAACAGCUCUCUGGAACAGGGUUCCCAGAAGCAAGCUGAAGAGAAGGAGCAGGAGGAGCCCCUAUAUGAGAACGUUGUGCCCCUGUCGGUACCACUGCAGCACUGAGGACUCUGAAUUUGGUGAGUGGGAAGACUGUGGAUGGGAUGUGGGGAGAGGAGGAUGCUGAAACUGCUGUGGACCAGUGUGGGGAGAGGAGGAUGCUGAAACUGCUGAGGUCUAGACUGAGCUUUGUGCAGGGAAUUGAUGCCAAGACUGUGACAGACUAAGCAGAAACUACGCCCUGGAAGAGGCGAGGGUUAGAGGCCACCUGGCUGUGGGUCUGGCCCUGGCAGUGUCCCCAGGUAGGACUGGAAGGCCUGGGUAGAGACCCUGUGGACUGGGGUCAGAGGAAGGAGGGGGCUACAGGGACUCCCCCUCUGUUGCCCUGGACUCUGUCCCAAGCCUAUGCUUCCCAUCAUUUCAAAACAUCUCUUUUACUGAAAUGGAAAACAACCUAAAUGUUUGAUGAUAAAGAUUGAUUA